GUCCGAAUCGUCGGGCUGUUACAGAGAAAUUUGUAGAAAAACGAUUUCUCGAUACCGACAUUCGAUCACAAUCCCUAUAUAAUUAAAAUAAUAAAUAAUAGCGUCAAUUUUAUCUGCGUUUGUUUAGGAAGUAUUAGCAAUUAUCUGAUCUUUCUACAUUCGCGAGAUAGUAUAAAGAAAAACGACUUCAAUAAACAAUAGCUAUUCUGUUACGUAGUGUCAUGAGUUUUAUUAAUUAAUAUGUGAGUGUGUGUGUGUGCAAUCCAUAAAAUCUUCAUUAGGAAAGAAGAAAAGGUAUACUCCUGACAGAAAAAGUGCUGACAACAACAAAGUUCAUUAUUGGUAAACGUGAUCAGGUGGCAGUAAAAUAAGAUUUUAUUUACUUUGAAAGUAAUAAUAAGAAAAAAAUGGCUGAAAUGAAUAAACCGAAGAAGUUCCAGCAACAUAGGCUGCCAUUUACAACUUGGUUAGAUUUAGAUAGAUUCAUGGACAAGUCUAGAAAUAAUGAUUCUGGUAUUGAUUGUUCACCCCAGAGCGUCGAAUUUCUAGAUAAACAGAAAGAAUCGCUUCCAAGUUGCUCUGGACGAUCGUUUACAAUUAAAUCAAUACAAUCGAGCGACUCCGAAAAGUUUCAAAUACUUUCAGAUUUUCGGAAGCGAGGAGACGUUGAUCACAUGUUCACAAAUCCUGUGAAAUGUGAAUUGUGCGAUUUUAAUGCUUUAACAUUGUUUCAAUAUUAUCAUCAUAUAAUCGAGCAUUGUAAAAGAACGGACGAUUCAGAUUUCGACACUGAUCUGAUGCAGAUCGAAAUGGAGAAUACCGACUCUCUUUACGACGAUGAUUGUCUCACAGAAAUGUCAAGUAAGAAAGGGAAACGACGAAAAACCCUCAAGCCUAAACGUUGCAAGUUUCGUAACUGCAACUUCGUAACGAUCGAGAAAUUGGAUAUAAUGGAGGCAAAAAAGAAACUUUGGCAGCACAUGCGUGAAAAUCACAAGUACCCUCUCGUCUGUCCUCUUUGCCCAUUCGUUACCGAGCCGAAACAUCAUAUGGUUUAUCACUGGCUGGGCGAUCACACUAACAUCAGACCGUUCAAAUGUGAGGAACCUGACUGCUCGUAUACUUGCGUGGCCAAGUCGAUGUUGAACAGUCACGUGGUACGUCAUUGGAACUAUUAUCAGUUCAAUUGCGAGGAGUGUAGCUUUAAGGCCAGACUACUCCACGCGAUGAAGAAACAUAUGAGAGAGAAACAACAUAGUCGCGUGAUGAUAUUGAACGAGGACGGCACGCGGAAUCACAAGAUUAUCGAUAUAUACAGUAAUAAACGCGGACCCAGACGGAAGAUCCCCAUUAAAUUCCAGGAUAAACCGGAUCAAAUCGAUCUCAACCAAUCAAGCUCACCAGCACCUUUUCCAGAAUGUCCAGAACUAGUCUCUCAUUCUGAGCCUCAACCUCAGCAACAGUCACAAACAGUUGAGACGGAUAGUAACAUCAAAAAUAAUAAGGACGAGAACUUAGUAUAUUCAUUUUUGUACAAGCUGAGUGAAGUAAUAUCACGAGCGAUCGCCCUUUGGAAGAACAGCGAUGAAAAGGAGAAUAUAAUAACUUGGUACUUCCUGAACAACACGCUUUGCAAUUUGUACAAAAAAGACGUGUCAGUCUAUUAUACCGGAGCGCACAUGAAUCAUUUCAACAGUUUGUAUGUUAUGAAAGCAAUAGUAGAUGAAGACAUAAAAAAUUUAAGCAAAAUAUAUAAUAUGGCUCAUGAUAAUUCCGAAACAAGUAGGAAUAACGAAACUGGUGCUAGCAACGAGAAUGCUAACAAUAUCAACACAAUCAACGGAUCAUCGAUAUACGACGAAUCGGAGUAUCAGUUAAAAACACAGUAUAUCCCCACAAAAGACAAUAUUAAUUUCGAAAUAACUAACAGUGAAGUUGAUCCUGCCGAUGACAAGAAGGAUGUUGACCAAAUCUUAACAUCCAAGGAACGGAAGAUUGAAUUCGAAAGAUUAGAUGACACGAUGGCUGCAACUAGCAAAAAUUUCUAUUUAACUAACAAUAAAGCCGAUGCUUGCGAUACAAUUUCAAACGAAAUUCCGACAUUCAAGGAAGAGUCUCAGCCGCAAAAUAUUAUUCUAAAUAAACCAAUGAAUAUAUUCAAGCUUACAGGCGCCACUAAACGUAAGUGUAAAACACAGACGCGUUUGAAAGUAGAAACGAACACGGAAUGGAAUAAAACUGAAUCUUUCGAAUCUCUGAAGGACAUUCAAUGCAUUUUGCCAAGAGAAAGUAAGUUUAAUUUAAUUACAGAUAACAUAGUAAAAGUAUUAGAGCAACCAGACACUAAAUACACAACACCGAUAUCGUCGAGUGUUCAUACUAUUUCCGAUGGAAUAUCCAUGGAAGGAAAAUCUAUAACAAGUCCUGUCAGACCAUCAUCACCUUAUAGAGCACGUAUAUCUGCUAACGGAGAACCUUUACCCUUUGAAACAGUAAUCUCUGAUACGAAAGAGAAAACUUCUACAGGAAUGGCUUACUGUGGCGUGAUUGGACACACUGCUAGAAAGUAUUAUGCAAUCAUCGGACCGCCCGUUGAUAAAGUUAGGAAAUUAAUGAAUAUUUCUUACGACAAGAUUUCCUGUGAUUAUGAUACUGUAAUACACAGCCAUUUGGAGAAAUAUAAAUUUCGCUCUCGAGGCGUGAGAUUGUUUGAUCAAAUAGAAAAAUUUCACGUCUACGAAUAUCUCGGCGAUAUGGCAAUGAAAAAAGAUUUGGAUGCAACUGCAUCUUUGGACUAUUGUUAUCCUAUUCUGGAUCGAGCACAAGAAUUGGAGAGCUUUAACGAUAUUUUGGACGAGAUCGGAGUAAGAGGUCGAAAAUAUUCGGGAUUAUUAAUUGAGGUUCGAUUUAAAUUCUUCGAAAAUCAAGGUAUCGAGAGAUCAGGAAAAUCAAGACUUUUAGAUGCUUUUGUCACGAGCGUUUGUAGCAGACAAAUAAAACCGAUUAAACUAUCCCUUCACAUGACAUACGCGGAUAAAGCUUAUUCAGUUAUACAUCAUAUUAUUUUGCAAAUACUUGAAGCCGAGUAUUAUGACACGGUCGAGGAGCGUGAAAAGAUAUUACUUAGUAAAUUAGGUGGUGUUCUCACUCUAAAAGAUAUGUGCUAUCUCAACGUUUUAAUGAGAGUUCAUUUUCCUCUUUCCGACACUUACUGCUCGGACUCUGAUUGGCAACGUCACAUGAAGACUAUUAGUAUCUUUGAAAUUAUAUUAAAGCAGUUGGAAUUUAAAAUCUGCAUUUUACUCGACGACAGCCAGAACAUGGACUACAUGUCUUGGCAAUUUUUGUCAUCGGCCCUUAACAACGAUAACGUUGUCAUGGCGUUGACGAUGUUAAAGCCCAACUCGUGGGAGGAUUUGUCCCACGUGGAAGUGGAAAUCUACAAAGACAAAAGGUUCAUGAAACAUGCGUUGCACGGUCUGGAUGUGAAUCUACUCCCGACAUUCGCGUGUCAAUUCUUAAACGUCUUAGCAUUACCCAGAAAAUUAAACAGGGUUUUACGAAGACGCAAGGACGGCCAUAUUGGAUGGUGCGAGACAUUGCUGACGUUGAUACUUCAGAAUAACGCUUUGGAUUUUAUUAAGAUAUCACCUGGCGAGGCGACACGACGCGAUCUCGUUUUUACCGAUGUCUCUAUGGUGACAAAACUGCCGGUUGAUUUGACGCCCGAGGAACUUGCACCACCUUUACCCUGGUCGCAAAUGAGCCUGGUGGACGUCUGCGUCACGAAUGACAAUUAUUUCAAAAUUACGGAUAUAGAUCGCAACAUGAGAGGCAAAUUUUCUUAUUAUUUUCAGUCUUUUCUCUUCUCUUUCUUCAUACAAAAUUUCCUAGUUUUUCAAGGCAAUGUUUGCGACAAACGAUUUAUUUCCAAGUAUACGGAAUUUUUCCUCGUGAAUUCUAUGAAUGUAUCGUUUGGAGAAUUUUACAUUAAUUUGUUCAUUAAACACUUGUUCAGUGUAGAAUUAAUGAGCGAGAUCUACUACAGAAUGAACCCGUACGAACAGAGUUUUAUUACGUGCGCUGCUACGCUGGGUAAAGUGUUUAAACGAAGCAUGCUACAAAAUGUAAUGCCAAACUCAAUUCCACCGCAUACUGUAAGCGCCGUUUCCGAGAUGAUUCGAAUGCGGAUAUUAGAAUGUGCCUCGCUUCAGCGACGAGAUUUUCAUAUUGAGGACCUUAUCUUCUGUAUAGACAAGAAGCGAAGAACGUUCUCUGAUAUGCACCAUUUAUUGUCUUGCCAGUGUUAUCAUUCACAAACUUCCGCUUUAUCCUCGCCUCUUUAUGCGCACUGUAAAAUGCUGGAGUUCAAAGUUGACUUAUUUCGCAGCAUAAUAUAUGAUAUGCAGUCGAACGAACAAAAACAAGAGCUUCAUGCAACAGCGACCAAGAUACUCAAUGCAGACGCACGAAAAUGCAGUUCUUGUGGCAGUGGUCAUUUUUUACAAGUUCCCAGCAAGGAAAAAAUCACGGAGGAGGAGGAAAGCCCAACACAGUCGCCUAGAAUUUCAAUGGUUCGUCAUCGAACCUUGAUUGCAUAUCGAGACGAACGAGGAACAUUAGCGAAACCAAGUAUACUUCCCACAAGAACGAUUAGCAUGAAAAAAGAAGAGUGCGAUCUACGCAGAGUGUCUAUCAUGCCGAUGUAUCUCGAUGACGAAGAUGAGAAAGCUUCGAAAAACGCAGAAAAACCUAAAGGAAGUAUAACGGAAGAAACGGUAAGAUUUUGGAAACGACCUACGAGCAUUGCUCCAUUAAUUACGAAAGAUGAUCCUACUACUAUACAUUAUUUGGAAGCGUUUGGUCACAUCGAUUAUCGCAAUUGUUAUUGCGACAGUGUCAUCAGUCCUUUUUGGAAAUUGCAUCGGCAUAUUGAGAACAGUGGAGAAAUCGAUAAAAUGCUCGACUUCUUUGUGGAAUACAGUGCCGGACUGAUUCAAACUUCGCAACCACUUUAUGCUAUUAAAUUGCUUUCAAUUGCCGCUGACAGAAGUGAGGCUGUCGACAUAUCCGAAUGGACGGAUAACAAUGUCGAAAAAACUAUCACGAAUAAGGGAAUUAUCCUAGCUUUAAUGGGCGACGCACAUAGCGCAUUGGGAAAUUACGAUCAAGCUAAAAAGUACUACAAAACAGCAGUGAAAUUACGAAAUAAAUUGCCCCAAACGAAAAAAGCCAUUUGUUAUCGUAUAAUGUCGAACAUAUAUUGUAAGUUUCAGCAUUUUCCUCGCUAUACGAUUAAUACAGUAUCGAGGCAAGAUAUCGUAAAGAAACUGGAACUGGCAUCGUAUUUGCGUCGUCUUUGCGUCGCGUAUAUGAUAGAGAAUAAAUUAAACACGGCACAAGUUUAUGCCUUAAAAAGUUUCAAACUGGCUUUUUCAACCAUUGGCGGUUUUCUAGAGAAAGGUGAAGUAUAUCUCGUGACAGUUCGAGUAUUGCUUCGCACAAAAAAUACUAAGUUAAUACGAUAUAUUGAGAGACCUAUGCUUGCCGUAAUAAAGACAAAGACUAGCUGGAACAAUGUCGAAGAAAUUACAAUGAUGGCAAAGAUUUAUCUGAUGAUGUAUCAAAUUAGAGCACUAAGAGGUGAAUUGGAAGAAGCUAUAGAUAUUGGCAUAAAAGUUUUAAAAAUCUCUGGAGCAUUGCAUCUUAAUAAAUUGAUGUUCAUUAUUGUGCCAUCGUUAUCUCAGAUAAUGCUGUGGACCAAACGUAUCAACGAAGCCGUCGAUUUGGUACGAGAGAUAUUCUUUUUAGCGGAGGAGGAUGUGGACUUGUCAAAUAAAACGUGGUAUUACGCUCUUUCCUUAGAAUUUAUACUGGACGCAGGAGUAGUACUAGAUUCGUACGAAACUUUUCAGAACUAUUAUGAAAAAUCUGUGGCUCAAGACAGAUCGAAAUUUUGUGUAUGGCGCGAUCCGCAAAGCUUGUCCUGCUUAUUGACUUGCCAGUGGUUAUACCAGCUUAGAAUGGGACACGCGAUUACUAACGCGUUUACCUCCAGCGCGGAAGAAUUCAUAAAGGAUGUUAGUUGCGAUGAUUUUUCUCGAAUUUUUACUUGCAUCAAGGGACUUGAAUGUCAUCUAUUGAUGCUGCUUCAUUGCAUCAAUAUGAAGCAAGACGAGUUGUUGGAUCUGACUCAAGAUAUUUCCAAAAUUAUCAAAUGCCUCGGGAACGUUUCCAAGCACGCGACAGUCGUAAAACCGCGUUUGUAUUUGCUGAUGGCGUAUCUGAAUGUUCUUCGAGGUCGCAAAUCGACCACGCGAUUUUAUCUGCACAGAGCACAAAAAUUUGCAGUUUUACAAGGAAACAAACUGAUGGAAGCAUGGAUCUUGCAAAAUAAAAGGACAUGGAAAGAGAAAAUUUACAAUAAUAUGGCGCGAUAUUGGGUGGAAUACGUUGGAUCGGCAGACAUUGUAUCUUGGCAGUAUAUUCAGCAUUUUAACAUCAACACUUGGUCUACUAUUCUCUAUCCUUUACCGACACCUGAUUUACAUUUGUAACUAAAAAAAUGUAACUGUUUGACACAUUAUUUUUUUUUUCAUCACAUUACAUUAAUAUCUAUCAUAGUUUAUGAUUAUCUCUAUAGAUGUUAUAGCUAGAAGGAGAUAGUUGCAGAUGUUGUAGCGAAAUAUUUAUUUAUUAAAGGCAUAUUACAUUUUA